CUUAACCGCGGCAGUUUGUUUGCGUACGCGGUCAACUGUAGUCGACGUCUCUCGACGAGGAUAUGCCGUUUCUGGUGGUCACAAACCAUUGCAAGUAUUGUUUACAUGAUUAUUUCGGUCGUCAUCGUAGGUAUUACAGAGUCCGGUGAAUCACGUUUUCGCAGUCGUUCCUUAUAGUGAUUUCAUAGGCCGCCCCUACGUCGAAUUCGGACGUUUUCGUAGUCGUUCGUCGGAGUACGCGUAAUUUUAUAAAACAUCUCGAUUUCGAGUUCGCGCGCGAUUUUUUUUUUGUUUUUGUUUUUCCCUGGUUUUUCGGAGAAUAUUUUCAAUCCGCUGCCGAACAAACAAGCAAACGCGUCCGCGGUCUCCAAGACGUUUCUCAUUAGCUAGCGGUGUUGUUUUCGAGACCCGUUAAUUUUUAUUAUUUUUAUCGUUAUCACUGCCGUUUUACGAUUUUUUUAUUACCUAAAUUACAUUUCAACAAAUUGAUCCCGAGUACCGCGUCGGUGUUCACACAUAUACGCAAACUAUGUUGAUAUACCCGACGGCGGGCAGCGGGGCGAUCAGUAGCCGUAUGAACGCGUCAGGCCAAAAAGGCGGCCGAGCCGCAGCUAAGGGUGCAGUGCAGCGCAAGGCGGAGGCCAACAAGACCAAGAGCAGUAGUAAACAGACGGUGCUGUGGAAGCACGCGGACGUCGAACAGGGAGUGGUCGUGGUCGACGAAAAACAGCUAAUGCGUCUGGUCAAGACAGAACCCAUCGAGAACUAUUACCGAUUGGACAGCGAACCAUUCGCCAAAGGUCAAUUCGCUUCAGUCAGACGGUGCACUUCGAUCGAGACGGGUGAAGUGUUUGCAGCUAAGUUUUCAAACCGCACGAGAUUCGGCGAAGACUGCAGUCCCGACAUCCAUCACGAAAUAGCUUUGCUAUCGUUGUGUUCACCGUCGCCGCGGAUUACCAAACUGCAUGAUGUGUUUCAAACGCCCAAACAGUUGAUCAUCGUCAUGGAAUACGCUCCGGGAGGUGAUCUGCAGAAAGUCAUCGAUGACGAUAACGUACCAUUUGAGGCUGACGUGGUCAAGUUCAUACACCACGUGGUCGAAGGUUUGGCAUACAUGCACCAGCGGAAAAUCGCUCAUUUAGACAUCAAACCUCAAAAUUUGGUGUUGAUGGGUGCAUUUCCCACCUGCGACGUCAAGCUGUGUGAUUUCGAAAUAUCUCGUGUGAUUCUAGAGGGUACGGAAAUCAGAGAGAUUCUUGGCACACCCGACUACGUCGCUCCAGAAAUACUUCAUUAUGAACCAAUCACGUUGGCCGCAGAUAUGUGGUCGCUCGGCGUGACUACUUACGCACUAUUGACGGGAUUCAGUCCGUUCGGUGGAGACACAGAUCAGGAGACGUUCUGCAACAUAUCGAAUGCUGACAUCGACUUCCCGGAUGAGCUUUUCGAGGACGUGUCAGAAGAGGCGGUCGACUUCAUACGAAAACUGUUGGUCAAAGAUCCUAGGGAAAGGUUGACAGCCAAAGAAUGUUUGAAACACCCUUGGCUGGCAAACCUUCGUAAGUCGUCGUCCGGCAGCAGCCAUUCGAUGCAACACCACCAGCAGCAUCAACAAAACUAUCACCAACCACAACACCAACAGCUGUUGGUCACGAAACGCGCUGGCUGUAACACGUGCGCGGGCAUUACACCGUCAAACGGUGCUAGACGUGGCGGUGGCGGUUUGCAAACUUCGUACCUGUCAAAGUCACGGGAAGCACUUUUUGAGCGGAUCGUCACCAAACACAUGCGGGAAAAUGACAUGAAGAGGUCAUCCAUGUUGCACGAGUCACAGUACGCGUCCAGCAGGAUGUGCGAAAGCCACACGUCAUUGGUGUCUCGAUCACGGCAUGGCACUCGGACAUUCAGUAAGUCUAAGGAGAAGCUGUAUGGGCUCAAGAGUCUGUCCCGGUCCCAGGACGUACUGGACAUGUGUAAGAGCAUCAAAGACUUGAACGAAGUGGACAAAAUUGCCACUGUCGGUAACCUACUGAUGAGUCUCACUGGCGUGUCAACGCUGCCAAACUCGUUGUGCUCGUCAACCAUUAACAUAUCCGUAUCUCAGAGCCAUAUACCCGAAGGAUUAACAUCCGAAGACGAUAAGGAUUACUGCGCAACGAGAAACGGCGAUCGCGAUACCGACACGGCUAACACAGCCACAACUGCAAUGUACAACUCCACCAACAUAAACACCACAACUCCUGUCGAUGAUAUUAACGCCACCGAAUCCAUUAAUUACACCACUACCACGACUGCGACCACCACAACCACGGUAACCUCAUUACCAGACCACGCACCACGAUCCGAGUCUCCUGCAGGCAGUAGUACUAGUGGCACCAGUAGUGUAGAACACUUUUACCAUUCCGACGAAGAGCCCAGGUUUUCGGUAGCCCAACUGGUCAAGGCGUUCGACACGCACCAGGAAGUAGUGACCAAACGGUCGCUGGAGGUGACCAUGAACCCGGUGGCCAAGCUCAGGAUCGCCCCCGCGACGACGGCCGUCGACCAACUCACCGCGGCCGAGUUCCCGACCGGACCGAACGCCCUGCGACUGUUCAUACCCAACAUCGACAUAUGCGGCGGCGAAUCGGCGGCCGCCAAGAGGACUCGCGCCGCGGGUGGCACGGGCGGAGCAGGCGCGCGAGACGGGUGCGAGAGUGCUCCGAGCCCGAAUUCGGACGACCGCCGCAAACGAUCGAACGUGAACGACUGCACAUGACCGGGCGACGUCAACCACUGCGGUCCUCCCCAUAUAUUUAUUAUUUCAUCAUCACGCGUAGGUAUUAUUAAACGAUAAUAUUCUAUAUUAAUUGCUAGACUAUUUUUAUCUUUUUUUUUUUAAAAUAUAUAUGAAUAUUUUAACGUGUUAUUAUUUUAUUAUACGUAUUAUUGUGCCGUGUCGCGUCCGUGUGUAUAUGAUUAUAAUUUAUAAUAUUAUACGUUGUGCGCGCGAUAGAAUAUAUACUUAUCAUUAUUAUUAUUAUUAUUGUAUUUUCGUGUGUAUGUUAUCGCAUUUGAUUGUAUAUUGUACAAGUGAACGAGUGAUUAUCACAUGAUGUGUAUAUGUAUAAAUACAAUAGAUAAAAUAAAUGUUACUUCCACGAAAAAAUAAAUAUAAUGUUGUGUCAAUA